AUGUUGGAUCUUUCUGGGUGUCAAAUCGAAGACCUUCCAGACAAUAUUGGUGAGUUAAAAAGUCUAAGGUGCCUUGAUAUUUCUCGUAAUAGAAGUAUAAGAAAGUUACCCGACUCUAUCACUGGUCUAAAUAAUUUGAGUAAAUUCUUACUUGAAGAAUGUCGUGAUCUUGAAGAAUUGCCGAUAGCAUUUGGAGCUUUAAAUAAAUUGACAUUCUUUGAUUUAUCUGGCACUCGCAUCAAAGAAUUGCCAGAGUCUUGCAAUAACGGCCUCAAUAGUUUGGAAGAAUUAAGAGCAUCUGCGGAUUGUGCGGUUUCUACCGAAGUAAAGAAUCGGACGAAUUUGAAGCAUCACACAAUUCCAGGAGGAAAAAGACUACCAAUUUCUCUUCAACGCCGAGGGUUGUAUACAGUGGUGGACGACAACCGCAUACAUAUUCAAAAUUUACAAAAUGUGAGAGGUGGAGCAGAAGAAGCCCGGCAAGCAAAUCUGAAACUUAUGGAAAACGUUAUCCAUUUACAUUUGGAGUGGUCUAGAAAUGAGGCGGUGGUGAGUGUUAUGGAAGAGAUUAAUGUGGCAGAGGUCUCGGAAGAACUCCAACCUCACCCUAAUUUGAAAGUGUUAUUCAUUGAAAAUUUUGCAGGUUGGAAGCUCCCAUCAUGGUUGAUGGGUAAUGAAGUUUUACUGUGUUUGCCAAAUUUGGUGGAGAUCCAGCUGACCUAUUGUUCGAGAUGUGAACAGGUUUUAGGGUUUGGGCUACUUCCUUUCCUGAAAAAACUCAGACUACUCUUUAUGCAAAACCUGAGAGAAUGGGUAGAGCCGUUGCCAUUAACUACAACAACACUUCCGCAAGGACCUUGUUAUUACCCUUCUCUCGAGGAAUUGACAAUUGAUAAUUGUCAACAUUUGAGAGUGGUACCAACGUCGACGUUUCCUUCUCUUAAGAAGUUGUCCGUAUCUGGCAACAAAGAAGUGUUAUGUUCAUUGCUGGGAAACCACUUAACCUCUCUCAAGGAGCUUACGGUAUGUAGGAUUCCCAAACUCAAAUUUCUACCGGUAGAGAUAUGGCAACCUAGUAUCGAACGGCUAGAAGUUAUAAUCUGCCCAGAAUUUCAAUGUCUUGUUCAGAACGAAGAGGAGUGCAACCGUCACCUCAGUGGAAUGGUUUCCCUACGGAAAGUGAGGAUUGAUUAUUCAAAACAAUGGAAUCCGUUUAAGGAUCUUCAAUACCUUCCCAAUCUUGAGGAACUGACUAUUGGUAGUCUCCACUACUCGCUUUUUACUUGUCUUGAUAACUUUGUUUUUAGUCAGGGGUGGAGCCAGAAAAUUUCCUAUGGGGAGGCAAAAAACAUUGAGUUUCUGCAAAAGAUGACAAAUAUGCUUGGGAUAAAGGAAAAAAAGAGCAGAGAUGGGCUUGGGAGCGUACGCAACAUUGGUUCACACUUUGCCUCUUCCUCGUUACCAGUAGCAUUACCAGCAGAAGAAGAUGAAGAAGCAGAAGGUAUCCAACACCUCAUUUCCCUCGGUAGGUUAAAUAUUAUCAAUUGGAACGAGGGCAGUUCUCUUCCUCGUCAACUUGAGCACCUCACAGGUUUGAGAGAAUUACACCUAUGGAGCUGUUAUGGUUUGGUGGUUUUGCCUGAGUGGCUUAGAAACCUUUCAUCACUUGAAAGACUACGCGUAAGUAGUUGCCCACAAUUGGGUAAAACAUAUGCAGACAGACAAGGGGAAGAGUAUCAGAAGAUAUCUCAUAUAAAAUACAUGCUACUGGUUGUAGGCUACCCUGAAUUUCAUAGUUUGGUUCGGGACAAAGAGGAGGGCCGUUUAUACCUUAGUGGAAUGAUUUCCCUUUGCAAAGUGAUGAUUUAUUAUUCAGAAAAAAGGAAGCCUUUGGAGGAUCUUCAAUACCUUCCCAAUCUUGAGGAACUGGGGAUUGGUAACUCUGCCUUUUUUACUAUCCCUUCCUCGAUGAUACCAGUACCCCUACCAGCAGAAGCAGAUGAAGCAGCAGAGGGCAUUCAACACCUCAUCUACCUGCGUAGCUUACUUAUCGACAGAUUCCUCACGGGCGGUUCUCUUCCUCAUCAAGUUAAACACCUCACAGGUUUGAGAAAAUUAGACAGAGAAAUGUUCUAG